GUCGUCCAGGGCUCCUACUCCCUCGUCGAGCCCGACGGCAGCCGUCGUACCGUCGAGUACACCGCCGACCCCGUCAACGGCUUCAACGCCGUCGUGCACAAGGAACCCGCUGCAGUUGCUGUGAAGGCCGUUGCCAAGGUCGCCGCCCCCGUCGCUUACGCCGCCCCCGCUGCGUACGCGCACGCCCCUGUCGCCUACGCCGCCCCCGCCGCCUAUGCUAAGGUGGCCGCCCCCGUCCACUACGCCGCCCCCGCGGUGCACUCCUAUGCCGCCCCCGCUGUGCACUCGUACGCCGCCUCCGCUGUGCACUCGUACGCCGCCCCCGCCGCCUAUGCUAAGGUGGCCGCCCCCGUCGCCUACGCCGCUCCCGCCGCCUACGCUAAGGUGGCCGCCCCUGUCGCAUACUCCGCUGGCCCCGCUGUGUACUCUCAUUCCUACUCCUCCCCCUACGCUUCUUACCACCACUAGAAACUAAAUAACAAAUUGUUAAUUUAUAGGCAACACCAGCCACCGAAUCCUAUUUUGUAUAUACGCCUACGAGAGAAGUGUCCGUUAUAGAACACGAUGCCAAAUAAAUCAUUGUGAAAUAAGCUAA